CCGAGCGCCGCCUGCCCGAAAGUCGCGGGCCCUCGAGGGUCACCCCGCGCCCAUCCCGUCUUAGAGUUUCUUCGGAGUCACUAUGAUUGAAGACAAUAAGGAGAACAAAGACCCUCCCCCAGACAAGGGAAGAGCAACUCUCAUUUUUUCCUUAAAGAAUGAAGUUGGAGGACUUAUAAAAGCACUAAAAAUCUUCCAGGAGAAGCAUGUGAACCUGUUACAUAUUGAGUCCCGAAAAUCAAAGAGAAGAAAUUCAGAAUUUGAGAUAUUUGUCGAUUGUGAUAUCAACAAAGAACAACUGAAUGAUAUUUUUCACCUGCUGAAGUCUCAUACCAAUGUUCUCUCUGUGAAUCCACCAGAUACUUGUACUGUGAAGGAGGAUGGUAUGGAAACUGUUCCUUGGUUUCCAAAGAAAAUUUCUGACCUGGACUUGUGUGCUAACAGAGUCCUGAUGUAUGGAGCAGAACUGGAUGCAGACCAUCCUGGCUUCAAAGACAAUGUCUACCGUAGAAGACGAAAGUAUUUUGCGGAGUUGGCCAUGAACUAUAAGCAUGGGGACCCUAUCCCCAAGAUUGAAUUCACCGAAGAAGAGAUUAAGACUUGGGGAACCAUUUUCCGAGAGCUCAGCAAACUGUACCCUACCCAUGCCUGCAGAGAAUACCUCAAGAACUUACCUUUGCUUUGUAAAUAUUGUGACUACCGAGAAGAUAAUAUUCCACAAUUGGCAGAUGUCUCAAACUUUUUGAAAGAGCGCACGGGGUUUUCCAUCCGUCCUGUGGCUGGUUACCUGUCGCCGAGAGAUUUCCUGUCAGGCCUAGCUUUCCGAGUGUUCCACUGCACCCAGUACGUGAGACACAGCUCGGAUCCCCUCUACACCCCAGAGCCAGAUACGUGCCAUGAACUUUUAGGUCAUGUUCCUCUCUUGGCUGAACCUAGUUUUGCUCAGUUCUCUCAAGAAAUUGGCCUGGCUUCCCUUGGAGCUUCAGAGGAGACCAUUCAAAAACUGGCAACGUGCUACUUUUUCACUGUGGAGUUCGGGCUGUGUAAACAGGACGGGCAGCUGAGAGUCUACGGUGCUGGCUUGCUUUCUUCCAUCAGUGAACUAAAACACGCACUUUCUGGACAUGCCAAAGUAAAGCCCUUUGACCCCAAGAUUACCUGCAAACAAGAAUGUCUCAUCACAACAUUUCAGGAUGUCUACUUUGUAUCUGAGAGCUUUGAAGAUGCAAAGGAGAAGAUGAGAGAAUUUACCAAAACAGUUAAGCGUCCGUUUGGAGUGAAGUAUAACCCCUACACCCAGAGUGUUCAGAUCCUGCAGGACACCAAGAGCAUAACCAGCGCUGUGAAUGAGCUGCAGCACGAUCUGGAUGUCGUCAGUGACGCCCUAGCCAAGGUCAGCAGGCAGCUGAGCAUGUGA